AUGUCCGAUCAAAUCGCUCCUGUAAAUAAAUACAGCGAAUUGAGAAGUAAUUACAAAUAUUACAUCGACUCCUAUAAUGCGUUGUAUCAGCUCAAAGCACAAAAUGAAGAAGAAAUAAAUUCCGUUUACAAAAUGAUCAAAAGAGAAUUGAUUGAUUCAAAUAAACAUAUUCCCCAAAAUAUCAUAAAUGAUAUUUUAAGUAUCAUCCCAUAUAACAAUCGCUAUACAAAAUCAUAUUUGGAACUUAUCAAACUCAUAUCAGAUGAUUAUUAUGGAAAAGAUGUUAAAAGUAUUCCACUUACUUCUUACCUUCAUUUUUAUAAGGAAUACACAAAUAAUUUAGACUAUAAUAAUAAUUUCCAAGAAAUUAAUGACGAAUAUCAAGAAAUUCUUGUAGAAAAUACCAUCUACAGAGCAAUUAUGUAUAAUGAUAAAGAAAGAUUUAUCUUUUUCAUGGAAAGUGAAGGAUUUGAUGAAAAUAAAAAACUUAAAAACAAAAUAUACCCAUUUAGUUUCAAAAUAAGUUAUUCAUUACUUGAAUUAUGUUGUUAUUAUGGAGCAGUCGAUUGUUUUAAGUUAUUAAGAACGAAAUUUAACUCAGAAAUAACUGAAACAUGUCUAGGGUUUUCAUUUUUAGGAGGAAAUAAAGAGAUAAUUAGUGAAUGUUUGAAAUAUCAAACACCAGAUUUUGAUUGCAUGAAAUAUGCAAUUAUUUCGCACAACAUUGAUUUCGUUACAUUUUUACUCAAUGAAUACAAUUUAAAUAUAAAUUUCAUUUUUUGCGGAAUAUUGAAUAAUCUUGACGCAUUUUUAGUUAAUUUUGAUCAAACUAAUGAUAUUAACGAAAGUUUUCUUUAUUCUGGGAUGUUUGAUAUUCCAUCCCUUUGUGACUAUUUCCUUUCACAUCGCGCAAAUAUAAAUGCAAAAUAUUUUGAUAAUAGAACCGCGCUUCGUUUUGCAGUGCGCUAUAAUUGUGGGAAAACAACGGAAUUUCUUCUUUCCCAUGGUGCAAAUAUUAAUGAAAAAAAUGAUGGCUAA